CAUAAACUAAAAUUCUAAGUCAGCCAUUGUUUUCGCCUACGCCCUUAACACUUGGCAGCCAUGAUUGAACACCAAAAAAUUCUCUAUAAAUAGCAAAUCACUCCUUGUAGCCAAAUGUACACUUCUUCACACAUAUUGCUUUGUUACUCACCCACCCCACAACCACCACCCCCACACCCACCCCUUUUCAAGAACCAAUUUCUUAAUUUCCACAAAUUUGACCAUGGUGGUCAUGUCUAUGCCAGCAAUUAGUGACCAAUUCUCUACCAUAAUCAAGAAUUGCAAAACCCCUUCAUCAUUUUUCCCUUGUAACAUUCCAUUAAUUGAUCUCUCAAAACCAGACAGCAAGAAUCAACUAGUUAAAGCUUGUGAAGAAUUUGGUUUCUUUAAAGUUGUCAACCAUGGUGUCCCUAGGGAAUUUAUUACAAAACUUGAAUUAGAAGCCAUAAAAUUCUUUUCAUCUCCAAUGUCUCAAAAGGAAAAAGCAGCCCCCCCUGACCCUUUUGGCUAUGGGAAUAAGAAAAUUGGACCUAAUGGUGAUGUUGGUUGGGUUGAAUACAUUCUUUUGUCAACAAAUUCUGAGUUUAAUUACCAAAAAUUUGCAUCUAUUUUGGGUGUCAAUCCAAAAGAUAUAAGAGAUGCUGUGAAUGAUUAUGUAUCAGCAGUGAAGAAAAUGGCUUGUGAGAUUCUUGAAAUGUUAGCUGAGGGAUUGAAAAUUCAUCCAAAGAAUGUAUUUAGUAAGCUUUUAAUGGAUGAAAAAAGUGACUCUCUUUUUAGGCUAAAUCACUACCCUCCAUGUCCUGAUGAGUUUCAAGAAUUCAAUGGAAGAAAUUUGAUUGGAUUUGGUGAACACACUGAUCCACAAAUUAUUUCUUUAUUAAGAUCAAAUAAUACUUCUGGACUUCAAAUUUCACUAGUUAAUGGCCAUUGGAUUUCUGUGCCACCUGAUCAAAAUUCCUUCUUCAUCAAUGUUGGUGAUUCAUUGCAGGUGAUGACAAAUGGAAGAUUUAAGAGUGUAAGGCACAGGGUUUUGACCAAUAGUGUAAAAUCAAGACUCUCAAUGAUUUAUUUUGGAGGACCACCAUUGAGUGAAAAGAUAGCACCAUUGGCAUCACUAUUAAUGAAAGGAGAUCAAGACAGCUUGUACAAAGAAUUUACAUGGUUUGAGUACAAAAACUCAGCAUAUAAAUCUAGACUGGCUGACAAUAGGUUGGUCCUAUUUGAGAAAGCAGUAUAGCCUCAUCAUCAUCAUCAUAAUCAUAAUGAUUUUUGAUAUUCUUUUGGUGAAGUCCCACACUUUGUUGUUAGCAAGUAUGGGUUGUCAAAUAUAGUUCAUUGGAUUUCCCAUAGAUAGUUUUCUUUCCUUUUUUUUUGGCACGAAUUCAAGCUGUGAAAAUAAUAGUCCGUAAUGCUUGUAUUAUAAUAAUAGACUGUUAGGAGUGUGAUCCUUUCCCAAAUUCUAUUAAUAUGAAAUGGUUUGUACAUCAAUCUGU